GCUGCUGCACCAGGCAUCUUGCACGCGCGCUCCAGCUAUCGCCGCCGGCUCUCAGAGGCUGUAGGGCGGCGCGCGACACCCGGGAGGCGGGUUGGAGGCUGGCCCUAUGUCCCGCGUUUCCUGCCCCGCCCUCAGCUUGUGACACUGAGAAAGUGUGUGGCGGGAGGAAAGAUCCGGGUUAGAUUUCCCUGCAGUUCUGGUGUGGUUGAACCCUGUAAGCCCACAUGUAAGAGAGGGGGGAAAAAUGAAGAAAUUAAGGCUCAAGGAACUAGAGAGUCGCCUGCAACAAGUGGAUGGAUUCGAAAAGCCUAAGCUACUUCUAGAACAAUAUCCGACCAGGCCGCACAUUGCAGCAUGUAUGCUUUAUACAAUCCAUAACACAUAUGAUGACAUUGAAAAUAAAGUGGUUGCAGACCUAGGAUGUGGUUGUGGAGUGCUUAGCAUCGGAACUGCAAUGUUAGGAGCAGGGUUGUGUGUUGGAUUUGACAUAGAUGAAGAUGCAUUGGAGAUAUUUAAUAGGAAUGUGGAAGAGUUUGAGUUAACAAAUGUGGAUAUAGUUCAAUGUGAUGUAUGCUCAUUAUCCAACAGAAUGUCUAAGUCUUUUGAUACAGUAAUAAUGAAUCCUCCGUUUGGGACCAAAAAUAAUAAAGGAACAGAUAUGGCUUUUCUAAAGACUGCUUUGGAAAUGGCAAGAAUAGCAGUAUAUUCUUUACACAAAUCUUCAACUAGAGAGCAUGUUCAAAAGAAAGCUGCAGAAUGGAAAAUCAAGAUAGAUAUCAUUGCAGAACUUCGAUAUGACCUGCCAGCACUAUACAACUUUCAUAAAAAGAAAUCACACUGCAAGAAGGAAAGAUGAUGGCUAGAAAGACCAACAGAGUGAAGGGAAAAACCUUUGCAGUGGACAUUGAAGUGGACCUAAUUCGGUUUUCUUUUUAAAAGCCUCCAAAGACAAAAAGCAGCUUAAAACCUGACUACAAUGAAUUAAAAAAAAAAAAAAAAAUGUAUUCACUGAACUACUGGUCUCCGGCACCAUUUUCUGUUUUCUGUUGCUUUGAUGCAGGCUCUUCUUUGUCCGUUUCUUCUCUUGCUCUUUUCACUGUUCCUAAAUAAUUAGAAGAAAUUUUUAAUAAAUUCAACUGCUGUUUUAA